ACGUCGUUAAAAUUUUAAUGCCUGAAAUUUAAAAUUUAUUAUUAUUUAAUUAAAACUAGUGAAUUUUUAUAAAUUAAUGCCUUAAUAAUUAUAUACAUUUAUUUGAAUAAUGUUGAGAAGUGAUUUAGGACAGAUAUCUAGUGCUCUUCCUCAAUUUCGUGAUAACAUCUCUACAGGAUUACAUCAAACAUGUUUAUUAGAAAAAAAUUUAACAAUAGAACAAAUUCCAAUUUAUGUGUCACGACCAACACCAGCGUAUCACAAUAGAACAAUACCAGCCGUAAAUUCAUUCCAUAAAUCAGUUUCUGUUUGUAAUUCAAAUAAUUACACUGAUCGACUGAUUCCUCCACGUCGUCAGCAAAAUUUUGAUGCAACUAGAUAUAAACUUAUGAAUCAAUCACUGCCAAUGGACAAUGAAAUUAAACCAUAUCUCGAUGUCAUUGAACAGAUAAACAUGUUGAAUACUGGUUGGAAGAAGCGACUGGUGACCCAGAACUUGAAUCAGCUUAAACUUUUUAAAGGGAUCAGGAGUCAGAGAAUUUUUAAUUUUAAUAGCAAACCACCAUUAUUUUCAACUGAUUGCCUCAAAUCGUGUGUCAAUGUUAAUAAAAAAAAAAGUGUCAUUCAAAACUCGUCGUUUGAUGGUGUUUGGAAAGCUAAAUCUCGUAAUAAACCUCUGCUAAAGUAUUGGGAGACUGCUGUAGAAUUAUCUGGAUACAUUCAUUUUCCAAGUCGUGGAGCUGUUGAUUGGAGUGGAAAAAAUAUAAUUAUGGUUGCAGUUGAGCAAGAAAUACUUCUUUUCAAAGAUACAUGUGUUACCAAGAGCCCCUCAAUGAUAGUAAACAUUGAGCCUACAAAUAUUGGGACAGCAAAAAUUCGUUGUGUUAAAUGGAAUUAUUCUGGAGAUUGUUUUUUAAUGUAUUCAGAGUCAUUGAAAUUGUGCUGCUAUGAUGUCUUAUCAUCAAAAGUUAUUUGGAAGCACAAUUGUGUGUGUUCACGUUGUAUAAUUCGUUGUAUCGCUUGGACUCAUUCGGAUCGUCAAGUGGUCAUAGGAUGUAACGAUGGAAUAGUGUGUAUCUUUAAUGUUUCUGGAUCAAACGCUGAGAUAAUUGAUUAUGCUUCAGUACAUCAGGGUAUAAUUUUGGAUUUAGUAAUAUCACCAAAUGAUGAUUUUGUAGCCACUACGGGAACAGAUAAAAAUAUACGUAUUCAUUCGCUCAAAGAAAUGAUUCCAUUUCUUGAAAUUGGAUACUACGAUUCAUCAGAGGCAUUGGCAUGGCAUCCAUGGGAAAAAGGAAUUCUCUGUAUAGGCGGAGGGCUUGGUGAUGGUUCUUUAUCCCUCUGGGACGUCCCAAAGCAGAAGUCUCUCGAUUAUAGACGAGUUAACUUUUUAAGUCGCGUGAAACAUUUGGCCUGGAAUAACCUAAGUGGAGAACUGGUUGUUGUGUGGUACUACUGGAAUGAUAGUGACACUCGUUUAACGACUAUUCCUGUUUUAGCAAGUUGGAACCAAAUUGUCGAUGCGAUAUCUAUUCAAAAAACUACACCUUUAUUAACUUUCAAGAAUCGUAUUGCCAACGUUAUGUGGAACCCUUAUCACACUAAAAUUGGCUUACAGACAGCCGAUCGUAUGUAUUUAUAUGAUUUUUUUGGUGAUAGCGCAACUGAUUGGAAGGAAAAUAAUAAAAAAAGUAAAAUACGUCCUGCUGGUCAGAAAAGUAUUUUUGAUCUUAAUUGUAUAAGAUAAUCCCAUUAUGUAGAUAUAUUAAUAUUUAUAUUUAUUGCUCUAUUACUAUUACUAUUUAAAAAGUUUUUAAUUUAGGUUUUCAUAUUAAUAAAAGUCGAUUUUAUUCAUUAAUUAUUAAUAAUGUGAUAUGGUGACAUGCCAAAAAUGAAAAUAUAAUUAUUUAAAUAUCCUUUAGGCUAAAAAUAUUUAUGCAUUUGUUAUAGUGUGUUGCUGUCUAUGCGUGAUAUCUCGUCUAGUUGACAACCUUCAAACGAGUCUAUUAAUUCAACUCUGCAUAUAUGUCUAUACGUCAAUCUCUUUUUUUCAAGCUCAUCUAAAUUUUUUUUUUUUUUUUUUUUUUUUUUUUUUCUAUCGUUGAACAUUGAGCUAUUCAUUAUACAAAACUCGCCAUAGUAAUUGCUGAUGUUGUUGUUUUUAUUUCAACUAAAAAAACUAUAGUAAAAAAAAAUAUAUUUACUUUUUUAUCAUUACACAUAAUAUAUUGAAAAUCAAAUCACUUAAGUAGUUUGUACAAAUUUUGAAUGUGUUGAUAAUCUUAAUAAUUUAUAUUUUUAAACUUUUCUUGUUGAUAGUAAUAGAAAAGAAAAAAAAACAAUUACAUCAUACACAAAAGUGGAUUCUUUGGUAGUAAAGAGAGAGAAAUAAUAAGAUGCCUACUUAACUAUUCUUUGGUCUUGCUGGUAAAUAUAUAAUAUAUAUAGUCUUUCACUCUCACUAUCUAACAGCAUUUAUCAUGGAGACAGUCAACACACCAGCAAACUUUACCAACUAUCACUGAACGCAAAUGUCUUUUCCUUAUUUUAUUUUUAUUUUUAUUUAUUAUUAUUAUUGUUAUUAAACAUAUAAUAAAGUAAUCUCUACUAAAGUGGAGAUAGGCUACUUCAGUAGCUUACAUUCACCCUGAUUAGUAUGUAAACAGAUAAAUUUUUUGAUAUUGGUAAUUUCUUUAAUAUAAACCGGCCCCAAGUAAUUCGUUGUUUGGUUAUACAUGGUACACAUGAUAAUUUUUAAAAUAUUUAGUAAAAAAGUUGUUGUAAAAAAUCUCAAUAUCUAUUAAUAUAUAUAUGUAUUUAUUAUUUUUUACUG